GCAACAUCUGUAUCAGGUUCAGGAUUGAACGCGCUGGAAAAGUGAACUGGAUGAACGCUUGGUUCUCUGCGCUCCUACUUCUCGUGUAUGUUCUUAAGAGCAAAUGCAGAUGAGCUAUAAACCACUUUUCCCAGAGGACUGAAGCGGAAACUUCAGAGGGCUUUACAGCUGAAAGUCACAUGAAGUCAACUUUGGGAUGUUCUUGUUUUUGAGGACAGAGGGAACUGUCCACCAAACAGCGCGACUGAUGGGAAAGGAGACUGGCCUUGCCCUGGCGUGACGUAGACUGUGGUGUGGAGAUAUUUCUUCAUUUAAUAACAACUUUCUGACAUUUUUGUUAUCUCUAAUUUUUACACUUAAUGCGAAACCGGCGCGUCAUUUGGGGAACCGAUGUUUUUGUUGGAUAUGGUAAGAAUUGCCACGAGAGACUUAAAUUAAUAUUUAAAGGGACACGCGAUAAAAGAUUGAAAUCGUCUCUGACACUAGUGUUCUGUGCUAUGAAAUAUGUAUUAGAUUUGGCCAAAUGCUUGUGACCCUGUGACCCACUAAAGUGUUUAUUUUCCUGAUAUUCUCCACAUUUCUGUUCUUUCAGUUUAUCAGUUCGUAACAGCAGCACACACAUCUGGCUGAGUCUUUUCAAUUAUGUUACAAAAACAAACCUUUUAUUUAAAAAAUGAAAAAAAAUUAUUGGGUGCCAUAAUAUCACUGUUUCACUUAUUUCAUUGUGUUACAACUCCCGGUGGCACAACCUUGCUGGAAAAACAAAUUAACAGACUUAACAAGUGAAAUCAAGUCACAGCAGCUGUGUUAAUUUUAAAGUAGUACAGUAGUUAAAAUGUUGAAUAUGAAUCAAAUUCACUGCUCAGAAUAAGCAUAUCUAUACCCCACAUUGUAAGAUUGCAUCUCUGAGUGUUCUUUUUCAGUCUUGCCUCCCAUCAGCACCCGCUGACACGGUUAUAAUUUCUCCAUUUAUUAAAAAGAACAAAGCCCCCCACCCCGCUAUGCUUGUGUGGUGGUGCGGUAUUUGCUAUUUGUUUAUUUAAAGGGGCGUGGAAGCUGCUACAGUAAUCACUCUCUCCCCUUUCCCUCUUUCUUCUUUUUUUAAAGUUCAUUACCAUCACCAGAGGCGCGUCGUAGGGGUUAAAUUAGCGCGGAGUUGGGGCGCGUCAGGGCGCACACAGUGGACUAGUUGUGCCGAUCACUCCCGCAGAGGCGAUGCCCUUUUGUGGAGAGGUCUCUUGUCACACAGAGGACAGACGGCAUUCACAAUCGGGACGCAGGGACACAAAGAGAAGAACUGCGUUUUAAAAGGGUCCAUUCUUCCCCCGCUGUCGCUGGGUGUUGACUGUGGGUGUUUGAGAGGAUCUUUGUUGCCCGGAGAAAAGUAGAGAAGAAGAAUACGCGCCGUGAACGAGUUGGGGGGAUUUUUAUGGACAGGGUUACUACAGCAAAGCUCAUGUUGUCAUCCACUCCACCUCUGUCUGCUUUCCCGGAGCGACUGGUCUUGUUUUGGACGAGGAGCGGAACUUUUCUGCAUUGUUUUGCGCACUGAUUGUACUACAAGACGCGAGCGCAAGGAACACUAUCAUAAUGAACUUUCUCUCCCCGGUGCCAGCGAGGUAGCAGUUUGAUCUCGAUAAUUAACUUUUUAAGAAGAGGUAAUUUGUGGAUAUCUCCCUAAAGGAUGCCAGUUGAUAAAUUCGCAAUCAUGGAGGACAAACUGUGGAUAUUGGAGGACCUCAAUAUGAUGUACAUUCGUCAGAUUGCUCUCAGUUUACAGGACAGUGACAUCCAGAAAAAAAUCGACCAUGAGAUCCGGAUGCGCGAUGGGGCCUGCAAACUGCUGGCUGCCUGCUCACAGAGAGACCAGGCCUUGGAGGCAGCGAAGAGCCUGCAAACCUGCAGCACCCGUAUCAUGGCCUAUAUGUCGGAGCUGCAGAGGAUGAAAGAGGCUCAGGUCAUGCAGAAGGUCACGCGGAGAUCAUCGGAUGCAGGGCCGAUGGACGACAGACUCCCGUGUAAAGGAAAAGUGGCCAUCUCAGAUCUUCGUAUCCCUCUCAUGUGGAAAGACACAGAGUACUUCAAGAACAAAGGAGAGUUACAUCGAUGUGCAGUGUUCUGCCUUCUGCAGCUGGGAGGAGAGAUCUUUGACACAGACAUGGUGAUAGUGGACCGGACACUCACCGAUAUUUGCUUUGAUAACACCAUCGUAUUUAGUGAAGCCAGCCCAGGUUUUGAGUUGCGUGUUGAGCUGUACAGCUGCUGCUCAGAGGAUGACUACUCAGCAGGGAGCACUCCCAGGAAGCUAGCCAGCAAGCUGAGCUCCUCACUGGGUCGAUCAGCUGGGAAGAAACUCCGUGCAGCCAUGGAGCCGGGGCCGUGUAGUCCUGUGAGCAAUGGAGGGGCUGCUCCUCUCCUGCUGCCAGUUCCCUCUGUACCGGGCCCCAAGUACCACCUCUUAGCUCAUACCACCCUGUCACUGUCACACGUCCAGGACAGCUUUCGCACACAUGACCUCACCAUCUCAGGCAACGAAGAGUGUUCGUACUGGCUGCCGCUCUAUGGCAGUAUGUGUUGCCGCCUUGCAGCUCAGCCUCACUGUAUGACCCAACAGAUGAUGAGUGGAUGUUUGAAAGUCAAGCUGGGAGGUGACCCUCAGAGUUGGACAAAAGUGUACGCUGUUCUGAAAGGAACAAGCCUUUUCUGUUACCAUGGGCAAGAAGAUGUGGAGGCUAACGUUGAGCCAGCUUUCACCAUUGCCAUCAACAAGGAGACCAGAAUACGCGCUGCAGAGAAAGACCCUCACAGUAAAGUUCAGAAUAUCUGUAUCAGUAAUCAGUAUGGAGGUGAGGAGGUCACACACACGCUGACAACAGACAGUCGUGAGGACACACACCGGUGGAUGGAGGCAUUUUGGCAACAUUUCUAUGACAUGAGCCAGUGGAAGCAGUGCUGUGAUGACUUAAUGAAAAUUGAACUGCCAUCACCAAGGAAACCAGCCCCUGUCACACCAAAACAGGGUUCCCUUUACCACGAAAUGGUUAUUGAGUCAUCAGAUGAUCUCAGCAGCACUGUGUCAGACAUCCUGGCUCGGAGGAUGCAGGAGCUGGAGCUCCGCAGCCAGCUGGGCACCUCUCCCACCUGGAUGUCUGUGUUUGAGGAGAAUAACCCCAAAAGCGCUGGUCGCCCUCAUCCCUGUACUUCUCGCCUGUCUGGCCACAGUCCCUGCACCCCUCAUCGACUGCCCCGGAGCCCUGUGAGCACUCACCGCUGCCCACAGCCGGGUCUGCUGUCCUCAGAUGCAAGUCUGACCUCAGACAGCGACAGCCACUGCAGCACCAGUCCCUGCUCUCACCACCACGGCUGGCCCGAGCCCUCUUCAAACUUCUCUCUCUUAUCAUCUUCCCCCUCCCGCCUACGGCCACGCACUCUGUCGCUGGAUGCUAAACUCAGCACCCUUCGAGGGAGGGGUUACGGAGGAGGAGGGACCUACCAGUGCCCCUGCCAGCCUCCUCCCUCCUCGCUGCUCACCCCACUUCCCAUCUCCUCUCGUUCACCUCUGUCACAGCGCAGCACGCAGACCACGCUCUCUUGCUCUAGCUCCACCUCCAGCAACAGCUCCAGCACCAGUGAGGGCAGCCACAGCCCCGAGUCCUCUGAGGGGGCUCCCUUCUCAAGGCCCUCCCCGGCUCGACGUAGCCUCAGGAACCUCAGGGCCAGACUUGAUCCUCGCAACUGGCUCCAAAGCCAGGUGUGAACUUGUUUUCUGAAAGACAAAUUACACCGCCCAACAGUGGCAACAGUGCUCAUUAAACCAUGGUUUAACUGGCUUAACAUAAUGUGAACCAACCUCAGGCAAUCUGCUAGGCCACAUGCACGGCCCUGAGGAGGAUAAGAUGCCUCUAGCCUGUUGGAGGAUGGAUCAUGGAAGACCCCCUUGGGGCAAACUGGAAUGUCUUCUAACAUAAAAGACAGGUGACAAUCACUGCAGGCUACUCUAUUCUUUGCAGGGUUGCCCCGAUGUAGAAGACAGUCCAAAACUAAAUAGGAGGUACUCAGCUUGCUUUGGGAACUGAUGGGUCAUGCUGCUUGGGAGACAGUGAUGCUAAGAACUAUGGACUUGCUCCAAUAAACAAACCACACUAGGCCUAUUCUCUGUCUUUGGAAUCGAAUUCUGCAACUGGAAACGUUUUUAUUUGUCCUCUGCGUCAGCCAUCCUGGCUUUGCAAACAUUGUUUCAAGGUCAUCUCUAUUAAUGCACUAGCAGGUUUUUGACUGGAUGUAUUUUAUAAGCAAAGGUUUGCAGUGUUUAUGCUAUGAAAGCCAGAGAGCAUGUGGCCAGACGGACAUGCAAGAUGUGAUGUAAUCAGUCAAAAGUAUUUUCAAAUGUUAAAAACUGUUGAGUGCGGAGGGAAGGGUUGUUGUAUUUUGCCUGUACUGUGAUAUCUAUUUCAGUGUACUUAUCAUCUAAUAUCCACACGAAAUAUGAUUUUUGUGGUUCUCCUAAAAUUACUAUGCACCAUUUUGUUUAUUGUUUGUUUUCUUUUUGUUUUGUUUUUUUGCAUGAUUUGACUUACAGUUAAGAUGUUGAACUACUUGAGAUUAUUUCAACAAUGAAUCUGGUGAAAGCUUAACUUAAUGCAAGUGCUCAUACUUACUGUACUGGUUAUUACUGUGAUCUCUUCAGGGUAAAAAUCUGUGCUCUGGUCUUUAUAUUUACACGUUUAUCUGCACACUAUCGACAGGAUAUCACCACAAUUGGGUGGCAAAUGCUGACAUACUCAGAACCCUAGAACAAACUGAAUUAAACCAAAGCUUGUGUAUUACUGAAAGCCCAAGCCAUACUUACAGUAUGAUUCUGCUACACCGCCUCACUGCUUUUGGAAAGUCCAAUAAAAUGUGAAACAUCCAUCAAUCUAAUGUGUGUUAUGCAACACAGAAGCAUUUCAUUUUAUGGUGGCUGUAUUUUAGGCAACUUUCUAUGAAAUUGAGUUCUACUUUAAUCAAUCAUUAGGUCAUGAUGGUAAGAGAAAAAUGGUUUGUUUACACUGCCACCUGGUUAUAAUUUGGGAAGUUAUUGCCAUUUAGACAGCAUGUGAAAACAAAUCUUACAGGAAAGUCGGUGUCCCUUGUCAGUGCAGUAAAGCCUCCUCUUCUCUGUCUGUUGUUUACUGUGGACUUUACUAUGGUAACAGUUUCUCUGUUGGGGCUCAGAACUCGGGCAACCAUUUCUACUAAGAAUUAAAACUGUCAAAUGCUUGAAAACGGCAUUUGUUACUGUAAUUUAAUUUUUAUAAGUUAACAAAUAAACCUCCUCUCUUUGUC